CAGUCAUACGCGCUACCCUCUAAACGUAACGAUUUCCUCUCGUUGUUGUUGAUUCUAUUCCUUUCUAGUUUUAUUGUGUUUGCUAUAGAACAUUCACAUGCAAAGAUGGCGCCCAUUCCGUUUGUUAUCAUCGUUACCAUUAUAUUCAGUGCUGGAACAAUGGCUGCCGAUUCAGUCGUUGCAACCAAAGAAUAUCCUGCUAGAUGUACGUCGAGUUAUUGCGAGGACAUUGAAGAGGACAUUUGUCGGGCAUUACCACCAAAUUGCACUGCCAGUCAAUCGGAUUUUUUCGGCUGGGAAGCUUUAUCACCUGAUCCUUGCAAUUGUUGCCCUUAUUGCUUUGCGUACUUAGGUGUGGAUGAUAUCUGUCCAAUUGGACAAGCGACUGGAAUUGUACCCACGCAUAUAUGUGGUCCAGGACUUUAUUGUAUCAUGAAUACGGAAACCGCAGAAUCAAGAUGCAAGACAAUGGUGGAUGUUGUAAAGAAUUUACCUGCAGAUACACCACAGUUUAAUAUGGAUUGUACUAAAGAACAAGUUGCAUACGAUCAGGCAGUGGAAAGCGGUACUCUGGGAAAUUUACAACUGCGACCUGCUUGUGACAGAAAUGGUUUCUAUGCGCCAUAUAAAUGUAUUCCUGGUGAAAUUUGCUAUUGUCAAGAUGAAUACGGAAAUCGUAUUUUUGGUGAAAUUCCAUUCACCCCGCUGGCUUCCAAAACAAUGCAUUGCGGUUGUUCGCGUCAUAAUGCGAAAAUAUCGCGUCAACUUAACGACUUCGACAAUACAUGGUCCCAGAUGCGCUGCAUGCCCGAUGGUAGUUUUGAUCCCAUUCAAUGUUUGGACGAUGCCUGUCUAUGCGUGGACACAACAGAUGGUGUGCCCACUUAUCCAGAUAACGAUUUGGUUAACAUAACUGCUUUAGACGCAGACACGAUGCCUUGUUUUGAUAACAAAUCUCACACCGAGUAUGAUUAUUACCGUGUUUGCGAAGAUACCUUCAAUCGUAAUUAUAACGACGAUUUGAAGUUCAGAUUGGACGGUUACGAGACUUAUGGAGCGACUUAUGUUAAGUGCCAGAUGGAUGGUAAUUUUGCGCUAAUUCAGAGCAACGAUAAAGAAGUAUUCUGUGCUGAUCCGAAUGGCGUCAAGAUCGAAGAAUACAGUGUACCAAUCGACGACGCGGCUAUUUCUGAAAUGGAUUGUAAAUGCGCACGCGCGAAUCUACUCAUUUCCGGUCUGGAGCGACCGGAAUGUUCACCAAACGGAAACUACAAACGUAUGCAAUGUCGACGUGGUGAGUGCAGGUGCGUGGACGAAAAUGGGAAUCAAAUCGAGAAGGAAGUUCCAAAGGAGAUUGCGGAAAGUUUGAGUUGUUGGGAGGUGGAUAAUACUCCAUCAGCUGUAAUAAUUAGUUAAUCGAUAUUUAAUAUUUAAUUUAUUGUACCCUCAGUUACGCACGAAAGCAUAAAAAAACUAUGAUACAUCUGUACAAACAACGUUCGGCGGCAUGCUGCAUGGCUUGUUAACCUCGCUGAAGAAGUAGCCUUCCUUGCAUGUCGCCAGGAUAGCUUUGAACCACUUGUACAGUGGGGCGCAUUCGUAGUAUUCGUUGCAUUUGCCAGCGGGAAAAUAUCCUGGUCCAUUGCAGGUUAUGUCGCCCAAAAAUGCUAUAAAAUGUGACGGAAAAUUGGUUAUGUUCUAACGAUUGAGGUUAGUAUUGUACUUGCGGAGGCUUCUGUUGACAUAACAGUGAGAUUUGUUGAAUCUGUCGUGGUUGUUGGCCGGGUUGUGGUUGGAGUUGUGGUUGAGGUAAUCGUAGGCGCAACAUAGUUUGGAUGGCAGCUGAGAGUAAGAAAUUUUAACAUCACAUCGUAUAAGUUUCGAAUUUCGUAAGUUUUGCGAAUUUAUUUUAUUAGCUUAUUGUUUAUUGCGAAAUCGUUUGCCAGAAGGUGUGUAAAGUAACACUUUUGCGUACGUUGCCAAUGGCAACCAUCGCACCAUGUUGGUUCGUGAAUGUGUUGUUUACAUUUGGUAAUUAACCUCAAAAUUCACUUACGUCAAAACGAUCGGCACCAAUGCAACGUGUAGGAUUAUUAUAAUGCGGAGAACAUUUCUAACAUUAAACAUCUAUCGUGGAAAAAAAAGUAUGAGUAUUACGCGUUAAAAUGGCUUCCUGAUACUCGGAGUGUUCGUGCGUUGCCCGUGCGCAAUAGAUCACUCCGCGUGCCAGAAAGUGUCGUAUGCCGCACUGAUUUUGAAUUUUUAAAAAUAACAACGAAUAAUAUGUACUUUAGUAAUAUUUUCGACGUUUCGUUUGAAAUGAUUAGAGGUGUAGACCUUGUGGGUACCGUUUAUCACUGCGUUCGUGACGCUCCGUACAAAUUAUCGCCACAACAAAUGAGUAUUUCCGCGCGCGUUAAAUGUUAUCACUUACGGCGAUUCCGAUUGACUAACACAAUGAUGUCCCUUCGGGCAGUAGAGACGCACACCGAUGUCCACCGGACUGUUGAAAACUUCGGCAAUGAUUGUGAAGGCGAUGUCGGAGACGCAUUGCACUCCCUUGACGGGCAUGCUGCUGCCACUCGGCGACACCUUGACCAACCACGCGACCGCGACGAUCCA